AUGGAUCUCGUCAAAUAUUCAACAUUUCCUAUGAUCAUUCCCCUCUCGGGUAUUCGGGGAAUCUUCCCAAAUAGACGGAAUAUUACUAUUAUGUCAAUGUCCAUUGAAUCAAUGUUACCAGCCGUCAAUUCGAACCCUUUGGUAUUCCCCGUUUAUCCGGAUGAUAUGAUGGGUCAAUCAUUUGCCUUAUCGGUGUUAACGGUGGCAGCUGCGGAAUCUGCUAUUGGGUUGGCCAUCCCGGUUAUUACUUUCCGAAUUCGAGGGACCAUUGCAGUAGAAUCUAUCAAUCGCAUGAAGGGUCGAGCAGCACCAGCACGAAUUGUUUUGGUCGUUUUUUGGGGGAACGAACUGGCCGCUACAAAUACGAAGAACUCCAAAGCACGGAACUACUAUAGCCAACCACUAGAGCUAACCAGCUAA